CGCCAGCUUAAAUAUUUGCAAUUGUUUACAAAGAAACGCUCCUCUGUCUCUGUGUUAAACAUUAACAGCGUUUCCAAAUUCAGUUUCACUUUCAUUCACUUCUUCUUCUUCAGUUGUUUCACAAGUUUCUCAGUUACUUUUGUAGAAUCAAUCUCUCUUUCUCAAAUGGCUGAACGAGUCCAUCCCGCUGAUUCACCACCGCAGAGCGGCCAAUUCUCCGGCAAUUUCAGCUCCGGCGAGUUCCCAAGAAAACCAGCUCCACCACCCGCGACUUACGUGAUCCAAGUCCCCAAGGAUCAGAUCUACCGCGUCCCCCCGCCGGAGAACGCGCACCGUUUGCAACUCCUCUCCCGGAAAAAACCCAAUCGCAGUCGCUGCAGGUGCUGUUUCUGCUACUUCCUCGCCGCAAUUGUCAUCCUCGUCGUCCUCGCCGGAAUCUCCUUCGCCGUUCUCUACGUCGUCUUCCGUCCCGAAGCUCCGAAAUACUCCGUCGAGGGAUUCUCAGUCUCAGGCAUCAAUCUGACGUCUCCGUCUCCAAUUUCUCCCAGAUUCAACGUCACCGUCAGGUCGCGUAACGGUAACGGAAAGCUCGGGAUCUACUACGAGAAAGGGAGCAGUGUGGACGUUUUCUACGGAGACGUCGCUCUCUGUAACGGCGCUUUGCCUGUGUUUUACCAGCCGGCGAAUAAUGUAACGUUGGUUAAGACGGCGUUAACUGGGUCGAGGAUUCAGUUAACUAGUGGCGCGCGGAAGGAGAUGCGUAAUGAGCUGAGUAAGAAAACGAUGCCGUUUAAGCUGAAGAUUAAAGCGCCUGUGAAGAUUAAGGUUGGUUCGGUUAAGACGUGGACGGUCACCGUUAAAGUUAACUGCGAUGUUACGGUGGAUAAAUUGACGGCACCGUCCAGGAUUGUGUCCAGAAAGUGCAGCCAUGACGUGGACCUUUGGUGAUUUUCAAUUUUUUUAUCCAAAAACUGCAAAUGACCAAAAAAAAAAAAGACGAGAGUACAGAGGCUGUUUUGGAUUUAUAGGAUUUUACUGAAUGUUUUUUUGUUAUUGAUUGCGUUUUAAUGUUUUUUAUGAAUCAUACAUACAUUGUGAAUUUGUGAUUGCUAAUGAGGAAAUUUUCCAAUUUGAACUUAUUUAAUAUU